GCUGAGCCGGCCCUGGGCCCAGCCCUGCGCAAGCACAGGCCCCCAGGACCCCCUGGGGACAGGGCCCAGCCGGGCCGGCUCUGCAGAGAUCAUGGGAUCCAAAGCCAAGUAAGAGCUGCCCGUCCCCCACCCUCUGGACCCAGAUUCCCAUCCCCGGCCUGGGCUGGGGCAGGGGCAGGGCUGGGAGGUGCCGUGACCCACGGGGGGCAAAGGGCAGGUGACCACAGCCAAGCCAGGACCCUCUGCUGGCCUCCGCCGUGGACUCUGCUCUCGGACACACUUGGGUCCUCUCGGCCCCUCCUCUCUCCCUAUUUCCUGCUCUGUGUCAAUCUGUGAGUGUGAGAAUCACCGAGUGUGUGUGCCUCUUGGUAUAUCUGAGUGAUGGUGAGCAGGGCUUUUGGGGGUCAGCGGGAUGGGGGCGCUGUAGGGGUCCACGUGAGUGCACAAUUUUACAUGUGAUUGUAAAUGUGUGAGAUGCAGUGCUGGGGUCCCCACGUCAGGGAUUGGGGGUGGGACGGGAUGGGGCAGAAGGUCUGUAGUUUGGCCCCAAUCUCCUCUUUCUGUCUCUCCUUGAGCCCAAGUCGCCUCCUGUGGGUGGUGUGUGUGGGGAGAAAGGGCAGAAGGCAGAGACUGUAGGGGCAUAGCUGAUGAGAAAUUUGGGGACCCCAUGAAGUCACACGCACAGAGACACACAGGCAGCGUCUUGUUCUCGAGACCACAGAGAUGCUUGCACAUCUACCCAGCCACACACAGCCGUGCACGCAGACCCGGGCCCUGUUCACCCUCACUCUUGCUUAAUCACACACACCCCAUCGCACCCAACAGACACUGGAGAGUGCUUUCAGGCAGACACCAGCUAGAAUCACAAACACACACAGCCGUUUGCUCACAGGAGUCAUACGCUCAUUUAUACACACACACUCAGGUAAGCACUCGCAACCCUGACCGCCAUGCACACGGUCAACACGGCUGCUCACACAAGCAGUGUGAUUCUCGGAGUCAUGUGCACACAACUGCACACAGCCACACAUGCACACAAUCAUCUCACACCUCCUGCACGUGGAGAGCCACUGACCAACCCACACACAGACCUGCCAAGCCCUCCCAUAUUCCGCAGCAGGGACCCCCCUGCCGCGUUUGACUGGUUCUUCCAAGCAGCCUGCCCAGCCUCCCCACAGGAGGAUCCCCCCAUUCUCCGGCAGUUCCCCCCAGACUUCAGGGACCAGGAAGCUAUGCAGAUGGUGCCUAAAUUCUGCUUCCCUUUUGAUAUUGAAAGGGAGCCCCCCAGCCCUGCCGUCCAGCAUUUCACCUUCGCCCUCACAGACCUGGCUGGCAACCGCAGGUUUGGUUUCUGCCGCCUGGGGGCUGGUGCCCAGAGUUGUCUCUGCAUCCUCAGCCGCCUGCCUUGGUUCGAGGUCUUCUACAAGCUGCUGAAUAACGUGGGGGACCUUCUGGCACAGAACCAGGUAUCAGAGGCCCAGGAACUUCUUCUAAACCUGCUGCAGCAACCCCUGCCAGGGACCCAAGCUUCAGGGCCGCUGGAGCUGGGAGGCGGAGUGAAGACCUCGGGCACACAAGGUCCCCAGCCCCCUGCCCCCGGGGACAGCCGACCGCUUUCCUGCUUCGUGGCCCCCGACUCCGGACGCCUGCCGUCCAUCCCUGAGAACAGGAACCUCACGGAGCUGGUGGUGGCGGUGACCGACGAGAACAUCGUGGGGCUGUUCGCCGCGCUGCUGGCGGAGCGAAGAGUCCUGCUCACGGCCAGCAAGCUCAGCACCCUGACAUCGUGCGUCUUCGCGUCCUGCGCCCUCUUGUACCCCAUGCGCUGGGAGCACGUGCUGAUUCCCACGCUGCCCCCGCACCUGUUGGACUAUUGCUGCGCGCCCAUGCCCUACCUCAUUGGAGUGCACGCCAGUCUCGCGGAGAAAGUGCGGGACAAAGCUCUGGAGGACGUCGUGAUGAUGAACGUGGACUCCAAUAUCUUGGAGACGCCCUUCAACGACGUGCAGGCGCUGCCCCCGGACGUGGUGUCCCUGCUGAGGCUGCGGCUAAGAAAGGUCGCGCUAGUCCCCGGGGAAGGGGUGUCCCGUCUCUUCCUCAAAGUCCAGGCUCUGCUCUUUGGAGGUUACCGAGACGCGCUUGUCUGCAGCCCGGGCCAACCGGUAACCUUCAGUGAGGAGGCCUUCCUGGCUCAGAAGCCUGGGGCGCCCCUACAGGCCUUCCACCGGCGGGCGGUGCACCUGCAGCUGUUCAAACAGUUCAUUGAAGGCCGUCUGGAGAAGCUCAACAUAGGGGAAGGCUUCUCGGAUCUCUUUGAGCAGGAAAUCACCUGCAGCGGAACCUGCUCAGGCAUUCUCCGCUCCUACCAGCUCUGGGCAGACAGCCUCAAGAAAGGUGGCGGGGCCCUCCUGCACUCUGUGAAGGCCAAAACCCAACCGGCUGUCAGGAACAUGUACCGAUCGGCCAAGAGUGGCUUGAAGGGUAUGCAGAGCCUUCUGAUGUACAAGGAUGGGGAGUCUAGCCUGCAGAGGGGGGGCUCACUGAGGGCCCCCAGCCUCACCAGCCGCUCAGAGCGCCUGCAGCAGCGCCUGCCCAUCACUCAGCACUUUGGAAAAAACCGGCCCCUUCGCCCGAGUAGGAGAUUCCGGCUGGAAGAGGGACCAUCUAAGUCCCCAAGGGAGGGGACACCCCCUCUGAGCCCUGAGAAGUCCGGGAGCCCCUGGGCAGAGGAAGCCCUGGACAACAGCUUCUUGGAGUCCGGGGAAGAACUGGAUUUGCUGAGCGAGAUUUUGGACAGUCUGAGCAUGGGCGCCAAGAACGCAGGCAGCCUGCGGCCCAGCCAGAGCUUGGACUGUUGUCAAAGCGGGGACCCAGAUGGCUGCUUCAGCCUGCUCGCUGUACCAGGGAGACCUCGGUGGCAACCAGACGAUGAGAAAAUGCCAGAACCUCAGCCCCUUUCCCUGCCGGCCGACCUGUCAUCUCUGCAAGAGCCCAACCAGCCCUCCGACACCUUGAACAUCUCAGAGAACCCCAAUUCCCAUCCGCCCUCAGAUACCAACCAAGAGAUCAUCUCUCCGUCCCAGCCAUCAGCCACUACUGCAGACCCAGGCAGCCAGGGGGACCCCAAAUCUUCUCCUGUCACACAGCACCACUCCCCUAUUCUACAUCUCUCCCCUCUCCCAAAAGCAGCUGAAGAACUUAGAGCCCAGGACAGCCCCUGCUCCCAGCUCUCCACAGGGUCUACCCAGUCCAGCCCUCCAGAAAGCCAACUUCUGACACCCACAAAGUCCGAACCUGAUAUUGCCUGGACGUUCCAGCCCACUGACGCUUCCUCAGAUUCUGGUUCCCCCGAGAACCCCAGAGCCCAGGCUUCCCAAGUCCUGCCGGCCCAGCAUUCUCAUCUCCAGCCCCUCGAGGACCUGGGGUGCCCCAGAUCCCCAGCUGCACCCUCCAGCAACUGGCAGGAGUCUCAAGCCAAGAGUCGGCUCAGAGUAGCCGAGCUGAAGAAGUGUUUUGAGGGUUAAGGAUGAGGGGUCUAGAGGAGACCCGAUACCUCAAUAAAACCACAAGAGCCCAAAGCCA